UGAUAGGUUCAUGAAAAAAAAAAUUUAAACCUCGCCUCUCAUUUUUUUCCUUCACACCCAUUAUUUAUUUUCCCUCAAAUUUUCAUUUACGUGAUCAUUUAAGCAAACCCCUUUUUUUCUCUCUCUUCAUCUUGUAAUUCCAAAAAAGAAAGUUAGGAAUUAAGAGAAAGAAUGCCGUCCCUGGAAGAUGAACUGUUCCCAUCGACACCAGGGAAAUUUAAAAUCGAUAGAGGCCAUAAUAUUAACCGUCAAUUCCACCGUUGUUUCGCUUCAACCAGCACCAUGUUUAUAUGGGCACUUUUCUUAAUCGCUUUAACGGCGUCGUAUUUAAGUUUCCAAAGCUUCGUCGAUUCCGGUAACCGGUAUUUCACCGCUUCAUGGGGUGGAAUCCAAUGGGAGAAACAAAUCCGUAACUCCGCUAAAACUAAUCGUCCCGGUGGAAUGUCGGUACUGGUGACAGGCGCCGCCGGUUUCAUCGGUUCCCAUGUUUCACUCGCUUUGAAAAAACGCGGCGACGGCGUCGUUGGGCUUGAUAAUUUUAAUAACUAUUAUGACCCUUCGUUGAAGAAAGCAAGGCAAUCAUUGUUACAUAGCCAAGCCAUUUUAGUCGUUGAAGGUGACUUAAACGACGUUAAGCUGAUGGCUAAGCUUUUCGACUUGGUGGCUUUUACUCACGUUAUGCAUUUAGCGGCUCAAGCCGGUGUAAGGUACGCCAUGGAAAAUCCUAGCUCUUACGUUCAUAGUAAUAUAGCCGGUCUCGUUACCCUUCUUGAAACUUGUAAGUCGGCUAAUCCGCAGCCGGCUAUCGUUUGGGCUUCUUCCAGCUCCGUUUACGGCUUAAACGAUAAAGUUCCUUUCUCCGAAUUAGACCGGACUGACCAGCCGGCUAGCUUAUACGCCGCCACCAAAAAAGCCGGUGAAGAAAUUACCCAUACUUAUAACCAUAUUUACGGUUUAGCAAUAACCGGGUUAAGAUUCUUUACUGUUUAUGGUCCAUGGGGAAGACCCGAUAUGGCGUAUUUCUCGUUCACGAGAAAUAUAUUACAAGGGAAAACAAUCACGAUAUAUCGUGGGAAAAACAAAGCGGAUUUAGCACGAGAUUUCACAUAUAUUGAUGAUAUCGUGAAAGGUUGUUUAGGAUCGUUGGAUACAUCCGGGAGAAGUACCGGGUCGGGUGGUAAAAAACGGGGACCCGCACCGUAUAGGAAUUUUAAUUUGGGUAAUACGACGCCGGUUAAGGUUCCGACGUUGGUGAAUAUACUGGAGAAACAUUUGAGGGUUAAAGCGAAAAGGAAGAUUGUGGAAAUGCCUGGAAACGGCGACGUUCCGUACACACAUGCGAAUAUUAGUUUGGCCCGAAGAGAAUUCGGGUAUAAACCGACAACCGAUUUGCAAACCGGGUUGAAAAAAUUUGUUAGAUGGUAUUUAUCUUAUUAUGGUUAUAAUCGUAAAGAUGUUUGGUAAUU